UAGGCAGCUGUCUGACAGGGGCGAUAUUGCUGUUGAGUAGUGCUGGUAGCUAGGCGCGCGCAGAGCGCGCACGUGGGUCUCCAUGGUGAAGGCGGGGGAGGGGGUGACAGCGGCCUCGGCCUCAGUAAUUGGCAGCGACUGAUGUCGCGGGCAGUGGAGGCGACGGGUGCGAUCCUCCUGGUCUGCGCUCGGUGCCAUGUCCCGGAGCUGCUGCACCCACCUCCUGUGGGAUGUGAGGAAGCGGAGUUUGGGGCUGGAAGAGCCCGGCCUGCUACGGAGAAGAUACCUAGGAAGAAGAGAAUUUAUCCAAAGAUUAAAACUUGAAGCAACAUUGAAUGUGCAUGAUGGCUGUGUGAACACAAUAUGCUGGAAUGAUACAGGAGAAUAUAUUUUAUCUGGAUCUGAUGAUACUAAUCUUGUAAUUACUAAUCCCUAUAGUAGAAAGGUUUUAACAACUAUCCACUCAGGACAUCGGGCAAAUAUUUUUAGUGCAAAAUUCUUACCUUGUACCAGUGAUAAACAGAUUGUGUCCUGUUCUGGAGAUGGAGUCAUUUUUUAUACUAAUGUUGAGCAAGAUGUUGAAACCAACAGACAGUGCCAAUUCACGUGCCACUAUGGAACCACUUAUGAGAUCAUGACAGUUCCGAAUGAUCCCUAUACUUUUCUGUCUUGUGGAGAGGAUGGCACUGUAAGAUGGUUUGAUACUAGAAUCAAGACAAGUUGCACAAAAGAAGACUGUAAAGAUGAUAUUUUAAUAAAUUGUCGGAGGGCUGCCACCUCUGUAGCUAUCUGCCCUCCAAUUCCAUAUUAUCUUGCAGUUGGAUGCUCUGAUAGUUCAGUAAGAAUAUAUGAUCGCCGAAUGCUUGGCACAAGAGCAACAGGUAAUUAUGCAGGCCGAGGAACUAUAGGUUUGGUGGCACGUUUUGUUCCUCCCCAUCUUAAUAACAAAUCCUGUAGGGUAACAUCUCUGUGCUACAGUGAAGAUGGGCAAGAAAUUCUUGUGAGCUACUCUUCAGACUACAUAUACUUGUUUGAUCCUAAGGAUGAUACAGCUAGAGAACUUAAAGUUCCUUCUGCAGAAGAAAGAAGAGAAGAAUUACGGCAGCCUCCUGUCAAACGUUUGCGACUUAGAGGAGAUUGGUCAGAUACUGGACCAAGAGCAAGACCUGAAAGUGAGAGAGAGAGAGAUGGUGAACAGAGCCCUAAUGUUUCAUUAAUGCAAAGGAUGUCUGACAUGUUAUCACGAUGGUUUGAAGAAGCAAGUGAAGUCGCACAGAGCAACAGAGGAAGAGGACGAUCUCGUUCUAGAGGUGGGACCAGUAGAUCUGAUGUCUCUGCUUCUGGCACUGGCUUGACAAGUACUGAAACUGAGGCCCAGAUGGAAGUAGAUGGCCCUGAACAGCUGCAGUCGUCGUCAUCUACAGUGUCAGCCCAAGCUCCCUCAACAUCAUCAUCUACAGAAAGUCCCCCUUCUACUUCUUUACUGUCAUCUCCUGAGAAUGAACAAAGACCGUCCUUGGAAACACCUGCACCUCCUACACUCCAUCAAUCUGAAUUAAUGGCGCCUGAGUUAGCUAUACUCCGUAGGGGCCUGCAGCGGCUGAGGCUUAAGAAGGCUGAACAGCAGAGACAGCGAGAGCUAGCAGAGGGUUCAGCACAACAGUCCUCCAGCUCUGAUCAGUCUUCCCCUAAGGGCUCCUCACAGGACCCUCAACCUACAGAAGAUGAAAAGUCAAGCCCACGACCUGGCACAGGUGAACCUGUUUUAAGUUUACAUUACAGUACGGAAGGGACAACCACAAGCACGAUAAAAUUGGACUUCACAGAUGAAUGGAGCAGCACAGCUUCAAGUUCCAGAGGGAGUGGAAAUCACAGUAAACCUGAAGGUCAAGAAGAAUCCCUAAGAUCCCAGAGUUCAGAAGCACCAACACCAGAGAGUGAAGAAUCAAGACUCCCUGAGGAAUCACAAGAGGAAAAUAUUGAGGAGCUAACAUCUACAAAUGAAAACACUGGAACAUCAUGCUCUGAUACCAGUGUGUCUGACCAACCUGAAAGUAGUAUGGAACAAGGAAGUGAUCCUCAUCUUGACUUACCCUGCCAGAAUCUAGGGAAUGAUGCAUUGAGCAAGGACAUGGAAAAGCAAGAAAGCUUGAGUCAGCAAAGGACAGAGUCAGCUGCUAACCCAAAUAAUACAAAUCUUGAACCUCAGUCCCAGCCAGAUUCCUCAGGGCUUGCUUCUCAUGAAGAAUCAUCCACAAGGACUUCUGCUUUCCAAGAAACAGAUGAUAGUGAUGAUGACCCUGUCCUGAUACCUGGUGCACGGUUUCGUGGAGGUGUAGGCCACAGAAGAUCCGCUGUUGCUCGCAUCCAGGAACUUUUCAGGAGAAGAAAAGAGAGAAAAGAGAUGGAGGAAUUGGAAACACUGAAUAUCAGGCGUCCUCUCAUAAAAAUGGUCUAUAAAGGUCAUCGGAACUCCCGGACAAUGAUAAAAGAAGCCAAUUUCUGGGGUUCCAACUUUGUUAUGAGUGGUUCAGAUUGUGGACAUAUCUUCAUUUGGGACCGGCACACAGCUGAGCACUUAAUGCUGCUGGAAGCAGAUAAUCAUGUAGUAAAUUGUCUACAGCCACACCCAUAUGAUCCAAUUCUAGCCUCAUCAGGUAUUGAUUAUGAUAUAAAAAUCUGGUCACCUUUAGAAGAGUCCAAGAUUUUUAAUCGGAAACUUGCUGAUGAGGUGAUAACUCGAAAUGAAUUAAUGCUGGAAGAAACCAGAAACACAAUCACUGUUCCAGCUUCCUUCAUGUUAAGGAUGUUGGCAUCUUUGAACCAUAUAAGAGCAGAUCGUCUCGAAGGUGACCGGUCUGAAGGUUCUGGCCAAGAGAAUGAAAAUGAGGAUGAAGAGUAAUUGACUCCUGUGUAAGAGCAGCUAGGCGUCCUGAAAUUUGUAUACGUCAUGAAUUAUAUUUUUCCUUACAAAGCUUUAGUGCAAUUUUAAGGUUUUGCUUUUGGGUAACCUAAAAUUCUGAUUUUGAAUGAAUGUGUGCAUGAUUUGUGAGUGCAAGAAACAAAACAAAACAUUUUUAAAGUGUUUUGCCAUGAAUGAGGGGUGCUAGAAAAUGCAAAGUGCAAUAUUUUCCCUUAACUUGCAAACAUGGGAGCUUGGAUCAAUGUUUAAUAUAACUUACCUUAUAGUAAAAACAUUGGUUCAAAUAAAUUUCUAUACCUGCUAUUUGCAUGUUUGUUGCUUUCUAUUAAAAGAUGUGGUUGUUUUA